CACGUGGGAGACUGCAGGCCAGUCUAUCCAGGCUGCUUAGGAGCUGUGGAAUGAGAUUUGUGCGACUUUAAAGUGGAUCAGUGUUUUGUAAUGAAUGGCUUGUUUUGGUCGGAGCCAGCCUAUUAUUAGCUCCACGCUCCGGAGGCCUUGCUUGCCUUCACUGAGAGGAGAGGACGGCCCGGGCUGCAGCUCUGCAUCGCACCGGCAGGCUUCACAUCACCGCCUAUCCGUAUUUCUGGCAAUGCAAUCGGACUAAUCGCGCUGAUCCAGCGGGGGGCGGGGGCCGGUUUGCUGGAACAUCUGCGGUCCUCCUCCGCCUCUUCCCCCCCCUCCAACACUUGUUCCCUUUGCCUCGAAGAUGAAGUUAAACGCGAGCCGCCGUCAGGUGCAAGCCGCUUCCGAUGGAGCCCUGCUCUCUGUCUCGAUCAUCGACCAACCCGAUGCAGCACUUCCCUAUGUUGAGGUCCCAGCUGACAGAUUCUGAUAUGGACUAUGAGAGGCCAAACGUUGAAACUAUCAAGUGUGUGGUGGUGGGAGACAAUGCAGUCGGAAAGACCCGCCUUAUCUGCGCCCGGGCCUGCAACGCCACGCUGACUCAGUACCAGUUACUCGCCACACAUGUGCCCACAGUCUGGGCAAUCGACCAGUACAGAGUAUGCCAGGAGGUAUUAGAGCGCUCCAGAGAUGUGGUGGAUGAUGUCAGCGUGUCCCUUCGUCUCUGGGAUACUUUUGGAGACCAUCAUAAGGACCGGCGUUUUGCAUACGGCAGGUCUGAUGUGGUGGUGCUGUGCUUCUCAAUCGCCAACCCCAACUCUCUAUACCAUGUGAAGACCAUGUGGUACCCUGAGAUCAAGCACUUCUGCCCCCGCGCUCCUGUCAUCCUGGUGGGCUGUCAGCUGGACCUGCGCUAUGCAGACCUGGAGGCAGUGAACAGGGCACGGAGACCUCUAGCUAGACCGAUUAAAUCUAAUGAGAUUCUUCCUCCAGAGAGAGGCCGGGAGGUGGCCAAAGAGUUGGGGGUGCCAUAUUAUGAAACCAGUGUUGUUGCUCAAUUUGGAGUCAAGGACGUCUUUGACAAUGCUAUCCGAGCUGCGCUGAUCUCACGCCGACACCUGCAGUUUUGGAAAUCUCACCUCAGAAAUGUCCAGCGGCCUCUCCUUCAGGCGCCCUUCCUGCCACCGAAACCUCCCCCACCAAUAAUCACUGUGCCUCCUCCGCCAACCACCACGGAGGAGCAUCCAGUCGGUCUCCUGGAGGACCCGCACUGUGCCGACGUCAUCCUGGUGCUGCAGGAGCGACAGAAAAUCUUUGCACACAAGAUAUACUUGGCGACAUCCUCUUCAAAGUUCUACGACCUCUUUAUCAUGGACACGCGCAACGAGGAGACUGAAAGGCCGUCUCGGGGCCCUCUCUCCGGCAGGGAGCUGCUGAUGCGUGCUGCUAGCUUCGAUGUUUGCGAAAGCAGUGACGACGGGGACAGGGCCAACCUGAGGGCCUGCACUAGUGACGGGACUCUGAAAGACUCUGAGGGGGCCCGACGGGGCAGAGUGCUCUCUUCGUGGAGCCGAGCCUUCAUCAGCAUCCAGGAGGAGGUGGUAGAUGACCCUGUCACGUACAGCCCCAGGCCCAUCACUGUCGUGCACAUGGACCAGUCCAUGCAGCUCGGACCUUUCAGAUCAGUGCUUCGCUACCUGUACACAGGUCAGCUGGACGAGAAUGAGAAAGAGCUAAUGCACAUUGCACACAUUGCUGAGCUGCUGGAGGUCUUUGAUCUGCGCAUGAUGGUGGCAAAUGUGCUUAACAAUGAAGCCUUCAUGAACCAAGAAAUCACCAAAGCCUUCCAUGUACGGCGCACAAACAGAGUCAAAGAAUGCUUGGCCAAAGGCACGUUUUCUGAUGUAGUAUUCAAGCUUGAUGACGGCACCAUCAUGGCCCACAAGCCUUUACUCAUCUCGAGUUGUGAUUGGAUGGCAGCUAUGUUUGGUGGGCCUUUUGUGGAGAGCUGCACCAAAGAGGUGUUGUUUCCAAACACAACUCGCAGCUGUAUGAGAGCUGUGCUAGAAUAUCUCUACACGGGGCGGUUUUGUUCUCGGUCUGAUCUGGAUGCAAUGGAGCUUAUUGUCCUUGCCAAUCGUCUGUGCCUCCCCCAUCUGGUUGCGCUUACAGAGCUCUACACAGUAACAGUGUUGACGGAGGCAGCGAUGAUGGGGGCCGACAUUGAUGGAGACGUGCUGGUGUACUUGGAUAUGGCUCAGUUCCACGGCGCCCAACAGCUCACUGGCUGGUGUCUUCACCACAUCUGCACCAACUACAACAGUGUCUGCCGCAAGUUUACCAGAGAGAUGAAGGCCAAAUCUACAGAGAACCAAGAUUACUUUGAGAAACAUCGCUGGCCACCUGUGUGGUAUCUGAAAGAGGAUGACCACUACCAAAGAGCACGCAAAGAGCGCGACAAGGAGGACUACCUGUACCAGAGACGGCAAUGUAAACGCAAGUGGCUCUUCUGGAACAUUCCUUCCUCCCCUAACUCAAACUCUCCUUCUUCUGGUUCAUCCGCUGUCAUCUGACCCAGCGGUAAGGCCAGGUCCACACUGAUGCACUUCAGUGUGGUGGUGGCGAGUUGUUAAAGAUACAAAAGAAGGUUAACACUGCUGGCUAGGUACGCCCCAAUUAUUCAGGCACUCAGUCUCUCGUCCUGUUUGUUUGCCGCUGCAGUCAAACAGCACUCCUCCAGGUCUGCACGGUCAGCUCUAUCUGGCAGUUAAAGUAAUUGUUCCUUAGAUUUUUAGCUUGGUGUACAAGAACCUCAGUGGUAUGAACUUCACUGACAUACACAUAUUGAUGGUUGUAUGUUCCACUGAGUUUUUAAGUUUCAAAUUUAUAGGACUCUGCUGGCACAGAACUUUCCACCUGUGAUCGUAAUUAUCAUCAAUUAACCUGAAGUGAUUACCAAGUGCUGCUUAUCAGCUGCAACAACCAGCAACUCAACACACUCAACUACUCCGUCUCAGAGAUAUAACACUUUGCCCUUAAGUGUUUGUACAAUCUAUCUACCAAACUGUGUGUACAGUAUGAUCUUAUAAACAGGAUGCAACGAUAGUAUGCCCUGCCAGGAAUCCAUUAUUGAAGUCGCGUUGAACUCUAACCUGCUGAUUAUGAUCGUGUAAGCAUAAAGGAAAAUGUUGUCAAGUUCCAC